CGCUUGCAUAUUAAGAAGCAGAGCUCAGGUCGGUGUAGCGGUGUUGGCAGGAAGAUGAUGCUGGCGGUUGAAGGUGCAGAAAUCGGGCUGUUCCUCGCGCUACUGGCCGCGGUGAUGCCGGGCAGCAAUUCUGACUUGGUCACUCUCGUGCAGGAACCUGUCCGACCGGAAACCCCACUACUGAAGCCGAAAGUAAUGAUCGCGAUCCUGGCUCGCAACGCGGCGCACAGCCUUCCACAUUACCUGGGCUGUAUCGACAGACUGGACUAUCCCAAGGACCGGAUCGCAAUCUGGGCAGCAGUUGACCACAGCGUGGACAACAGCACGGCCAUGCUGCGAGAGUGGCUGAAGAGAGUGCAGGGCCAGUACCACUAUGUGGAGUGGAGGCCCAUGGAGGAUCCUCACUCCUACACGGAUGAGUGGGGGCCGAAGCACUGGCCCGCUUCCCGCUUCAACCAUGUGAUGAAACUGAGGCAGGCGGCACUACGGUCGGCAAGGGAGCGCUGGGCAGAUUAUAUACUGUUCGCAGACAGUGACAACCUCCUGACAAACCCGCGGGUGCUGACGCUGAUGAUGGCGGAGAAUCUGACGCUAGUUGCCCCCAUGCUGGAGUCCCGUUCUCUCUACUCUAACUUCUGGUGUGGCAUCACCCCACAGUCUCCUCACUCACUCCCUCCAUCUCAAUCACAAUCCCCCCCUUUCCAUAACUCUCAGGGCUAUUACAAGCGCACGCCUGACUACCAGCCCAUCCGGGAGUGGAAGCGGCUGGGCUGUUUCCCUGUUCCCAUGGUGCACUCCACCUUCCUGCUGGACCUGCGGCGGAGCGCCAGCCAGGCCCUGGCCUUUCAUCCUCCCCACCCCGACUACAGCUGGGCCUUCGACGACAUCAUGGUCUUCGCAUUCUCCGCACGUCAGGCAGAUGUGCAGAUGUAUGUGUGCAAUAGAGAGCACUAUGGGUUCUUGCCUGUACCCCUGAAGGCACAGCAGAAUGUGGAAGAUGAGGAGGAGAGCUUUUCCCACACUAUUGCAGAGGCAAUGAUUGAUCACAACAUCGUGCCCUCAGAGUACCUCUAUGCUCCCCCGAAACCUCAGGACAAGAUGGGCUUUGACGAGAUCUUCUUGAUCAAUCUGAAGCGUCGCACGGACCGCAGGCAGAGAAUGCUGCGCACACUGGCCACCCUGGGCAUUGAGUCCACGCUGACGGAUGCGGUGGACGGCAAGGCCCUAAACAGCUCUCAGCUGCAGGCACUGGGUAUAGAGAUGCUGCCAGGCUACAAGGACCCCUACUCUGGCCGGGUGCUGACCCGCGGGGAAAUCGGCUGCUUCCUCAGCCACCAUUACAUCUGGAAACAGGUGGUGGAGCGUGGACUGGAGCGGGUCCUGGUGUUAGAGGAUGACAUCAGGUUUGAGCCCAGGUUCAAGAAGAGACUGAUGGCUAUCAUGGAGAACAUACAGCAGGCCAAGCUGGACUGGGAUCUAAUGUAUGUGGGGCGGAAGCGGAUGCAGGUGAAGCAGCCAGAGCGCUCGGUGGAGGGUGUGGAUAACCUGGUGGAGGCAGACUACUCAUAUUGGACCCUUGCAUAUGCGCUGUCACUGCAAGGGGCCAAGAAGCUUCUGCGGGCCCAGCCCUUUGGCAAGAUGUUGCCUGUGGACGAGUUUCUGCCCAUCAUGUUCAACAAGCAUCCCAACACUGACUACAUGACACACUUUGAGCCGCGGGACUUGCAGGCGUUUUCGGUGGAGCCGCUGCUGCUGUACCCUACGCACUACACGGGCGAGCCGGGCUACGUGAGUGACACAGAGACCUCCACCAUCUGGGACGACGAGGCGGUGAGCACGGACUGGGACCGGCAGCACGCCCGCAAGACAGCGCAGCAGGGCCGCAUCCGGCCCAUGGCGCAGAACAGCGUCACGGGAGACACGCCGCCCCCCGCUGCCCGCGCCACCCGGGAUGAGCUCUGAACCUGCCGAGGCAGGGGCUUCCAAAGAUCAAACACACACACACACACACGCACACAGUCUGUGUCUUAUUUCACACAUAUACCUACACAUAAACACUAAAGAGCACACAUAUGCUCACACACACUCACAUAUCCACACCAGAAACAUCUGAUACAUUGACACACCCACAC